CUUGAAGAAAAGAAGCCUGCAGUUGAAAUUAAGACACCUGGAGAACAUGUUUUAAGUGAAACAGAUAAUGGGAUAUCGAGAGUUAUAUUUGAACCUGAUUUUAUACCAGAAGCUGAAGCGGAUAAUAUGAUGACCCUUUUAAAAGACAGUACAGCAUGGUAUGACAAAAAUAUAAUUAUACAUGGUCAGGAAGUGCCACAACCUAGAUUAGUUGCUUGGUAUGGACCUUUUCCAUAUGCCUACUCUGGAGCUGUUCUUGAAGCACGAGAAAUGCCUCCAGCAAUUGUAGAGAUAAAGAAGAGAGUUGAAAGAUAUUUAGAGGCCCACCAACUCUGUGUGGAUUUAAAUUCUGUUCUCUUAAACCUGUAUAGAGAUGGAAAGGAUAGUGUGGCAUGGCAUAGUGAUGAUGAAUUAACUAUGGGUGUCUCACCUACUAUUGCAUCUGUUUCUCUCGGUGAAACUAGAAAAUUUCAAAUGAAAAUUAAACAAAAUGUGCGUGAACGUGUUGAAAAUCUAGUCUCAGAAGAAUAUUUUGUACAUCUCACAUCUGGAAGCCUUAUUAUAAUGGAUGGAUCUAUGCAAAAAGAUUGGAAACAUCAAGUACCCAAAGAAUACCAUGAUAGAGCACCCAGAAUUAAUUUAACUUUCCGUACAGUGUCUCAAAUUGACAAAAUACCCCUUCAAGUGCCUCUUAAAACUGUAGAAAAUUCAAAUCAUCCUUCUAGUACAAAAACCGAUGCAGAAAAGCAUAUUUUUGAUAACACGAACUUUCCUUCCUUGGAAUCUGCCAAUUCACAGAAUGGAAACAGUUCUAAAGUGCUCAAAAACUCUAGUGCGAAAUCUAAGUCAAAAACUGAUAGCCAAACGGAUGCUAAAGCCUCUAUAUCAAACCAAAGUUUAUCUGACGAUUCUUUGCUACUGGAUUCUUCUUACAAUUCAAAUGCCUCUGAGGAUCAAGAACUAAAGAAUGUCCCCACAUCAGAUGAUGGUAAUGUAUGUGUAUCAUCCGACAGUGACAAUCGAACUGAUGCAACUAAAGCCUCAAAUGCAAAUAGCGAAUCUGCAAGUGCCUUAGCUGGAAUGAAUGAGUUGGGGCAUUCGGCUGGUGAGAGCAAGAGGUAUGAAUUGAACGCUGAUGCUAUUGAGUUCAUACCUAAGUUUGCAUUGCCCAGCGAUGAAGCCGGCAUUAGCGCUUCUGUAGAAUUCGAUAAGCAGCAAAUAGUUAAACUUCCCGACUUAUUUCGAGGCAAUAAAGUUCCGCCUUCACGUUAUGGCGAGUUCUAUUCUGCUCUUAUAGAAAAGUUGGAAUGUAAUCCAGAAUUUUUAUCAGAUCGUGAUUAUUAUGAAGUGGAGACACUUACUCAGUUGUAUGAAAAUGGCCUUACUGAAAUUAAUCAAGAGAUUGUAUUGUCAAGGUUGUGCUCCAUGAUUAAAAAUGCUGCUAGAAAGAACCAGCGCGGUUAUCGACCUCCACCUCCCAGAAGUGGUUAUCGCAGCAGCACUUACAGUCGUUCCAGAGGAUCCUUCAAGGGGUCAAAUAGUAGAGGGAAGGACUAAAAAAAUUCAGAAAUUUUCUGGAAAUAAAAGCAUUGUUGUGUGUGUGUGAUUUUUUUUUUUUUUCAUUGAUGUACUUACUUCUUUGUAUUUUAAUUCUUUAUACAUACUGUCAAUCAGAGUUUGCAGUGUUUUCUUCUUGUAAUAUUUUAAACACAAAAAUAAUUUUGUAAGCAAAUAAAAGUUUUAAAUUAGUUGUUAA